AACGUUGGUCGUGUUAGACAAGCGAAUUUUAGUAAGUUCAAUUUAAAGGUAUUUUUCCCCGAAAACUUGUCGCUCUUCAAAAAAUAACGUCUUAAAUAUAUCAAAAAUGCCACCAAAAAGAGGAAAAAUACAAAAGGAAGAGGUCCAAGUAUCUCUUGGACCACAACUUCGUGAAGGUGAAGUUGUUUUCGGCGUUGCUCACAUUUUUGCGAGCUUUAACGAUACUUUCGUUCAUGUAACCGAUCUUUCUGGAAGGGAAACUAUUGCAAGAGUUACUGGUGGAAUGAAAGUUAAAGCAGAUCGUGAUGAAGCUUCUCCAUACGCUGCUAUGCUUGCUGCUCAGGAUGUAGCAGAGAAAUGCAAAUCCCUUGGGAUUACAGCACUUCACAUUAAAUUGAGAGCAACUGGAGGUAACAAAACGAAAACCCCUGGUCCAGGUGCACAAUCUGCCUUGCGUGCACUUGCACGUUCUAGUAUGAAAAUUGGCAGAAUUGAGGACGUCACGCCAAUUCCAUCUGACUCUACACGUAGAAAGGGUGGUCGUCGCGGAAGAAGAUUAUAAAUUAUGUUUCUAUGUGUGGUUGAUUGACUUUCAAAAAUAAAAAUUUAAAAAAUG